AUGUCAACAACACAUGCAUUGAAGCAGAUAGCGCUGACUGCGCUGAGCCCUGGCACGCUGAGUGCGCUGAGCCCUGGCAGCGCAGCCGACAUUAUCAAGGUCAACGAGCCCGAAAAGAUCAUCUCGACCAGUGAGGACGCCGGGAUUUCGCCGGGGGUCGCUGCGGAGAUUGCUGUUGCUGCUGGCGAGGGCGAGACGAAGCAGCAAGUCGAGAACCUUGGCGCCGACGCUGGUAUCUCGGCCCAGACAAUGUCCAACAUUCUUGCGGGCAUCACCACGGGAUCGCAAAAAUCGGAGCCGGAACCGGCCACCGAUCUCAACACGUUGCCUGCGUACGACUUUACGCCGGCGCCGACGGCCGUGGGCACCGAAGUUGAGACACCGUCGACGAUCGCAGGUGUGUUCCAAAACAUCGUCGACUAUUUGACGUCGGCGCCCGCGACGCCAAGCCUCCGCUCGCGUCCGCAGUGCGCGCCGACGGCGUAA